CUGUGAGCUAAAACCCUAUACUCUCAUCACCCCCAUCUCAAGGCCACAGCUGAAGACUGAAGCCGCAACCUCACCUUCACCCUCACCUCGUGUUCUGCUUGCCUUAACCAAUCUCGCUUUUUUAAGGUGUGAAAAUGGCUGCCAAAAAAUCUCGAAAAAGAGGAAAAAGUGAGAGUGAUUCAGAUGAUUACAAUAACGUGGAGUAUGAAGAGGUGGAGCAUGAUUAUGACGACGAUGGUGAGGAGGAGGAUUUUGAUGAUGACAGUGGAGAGGAGGAGGAGGAUGGGCACAAGGUAACAGAUGAUGAGGAUGAUGGGACAAGAGAGCAUAGUGAAUGGAAGAAUGAUGAGAUGGAACAGCUUGAGAAAGAAUAUAGAGAUCUUCAUCAUCAGGAGUUAGAUACUUUGAAGAACUUGAAGCAUCAUAAGGAUGAAGAUCUUCUCAAGGGUCAAGCUGUGAAAAACCAGAAGGCUCUAUGGUACAAAGUUCUUGAGCUUAGGUUCUUACUUCAGAAGCCAUUCUCAAAUUCAAAUAGGUUACCACAGGAACCAAUCAAGUCUUCUUUCUGUGAAGCAGAUGAGGCAGUUAAAGUAGCGUAUUCAGAUCUGGUGAAUUCAUCCAAAGAGACUUUAGAUUCUAUAUUGGAACUGCAAGAGGCUCUGUCUGCUAGGAACCCAUCAAUUACCCAAGCCACAGUUGGUUCAGAAGAGAUAUCAACAGAUUUAGAUGUUUCUAAGCAUUUGAAUGACAGUGUCGAUCAGGAAUGGUCACAAAUUUCACAGAUGCACAAGAGCAUAGCAGGUUUCAGAGACAAGUCAAUCAACAAAUGGCAGCGAAUGACCCAAGUAACAACUGGAGCUGCUGCCAUCAAGGGAAAAUUGCAUGCUUUUAAUCAGGAUAUUAGCAAUCAAGUCUCUGCUUAUAUGAGAGAUCCCAGUAGAAUGAUCAAGCAGAUGCAGCUGAGAAGAUCAGCUGUGAAUGUAUUUGGACAUUUUGCAGAGGAUGACGAUAAACCUAAAGAUGCGGAGACACCUACUGAUGGUGACCCCGAACUUCUGGAUGACUCUGAAUUUUACCAGCAAUUAUUGAAAGAAUUUUUUGAGACAGUUGAUCCUUCAUCUUCUGAAAAAGCAUUUUAUGCUUUGAAGAGAAUGCAACCCAAGAAAAGAAAAAUUGUCGAUCGUCGUGCAUCCAAAAGUCGCAAGAUAAGGUAUAAUGUUCAUGAAAAGAUAGUAAAUUUUAUGGCCCCACUACCUGCCAAUAUUCCUCCUACUGCUCCAAAGUUAUUCGAAAAUCUGUUUGGAUUGAGGACUCGAAGAUCAUCUGCUGCAGCCUCAUAAUUAUCAUGGUUGACGGACAGAAAUAUUGGUCUCACAGUUUUGCCCUUAACAUGUUGUACACUAAAAUGUCUCCACAUUAUGUUUAUUAUUUGAGGAAUUUCAUUAUUUUUUCCUCCACGAGACAAUGUAAAUCAAUUCAGAUCCAUAGUUUCUCCUAAAAUGUUCAUUGAGUAGUGUGACACGGGCUGAAAUGGUGACCAAUGGCUUGGUUCUAAUAUAAUAUAGUUCUGAAUUUGCUUCA